AGGGAAGGGAAGGGAGGCGAAGCGAAGAGCGGCCCGCCCCGCUGCCUCCUCCCGCUCCCACGGCGCGUGAUGUCACGGCCGUUUCUAUAGAAAUUAGGUGACAUCACGAACCGGGGGGCUGCGACCCGCCACGGCAGGAGCGGGCCGGCUCCCCGGGGAGGCGUGGCGGCAGCGAGCCAGCCCCGGGGGCGGCAGGGGCCAGGGUGUGACCCCUCCCCGUCCCCGUCCCCUCCACCCCCAGCCGCGCACCUGCCGGAGCCCGGGCGGGACCCCCCUUCCCGGGCCGGCGUCGAUGCUGAGCGGGCCGGGGGCACUGCCCGCUUCGCCCGCACCAUGGACGGCUUCUACGACCAGCAGGUUCCCUUCAUGGGCCCCGGGAAGUCCUGCACAGAGGAGGGCCGAGGCCGGCCGGGGUCCGAUAGGAAAAGGAAAUUUUUGGAGACUGACCUGGCCCAUGACUCGGAAGAGCUCUUCCAGGAUCUCAGCCAGCUCCAAGAGGCCUGGCUAGCUGAAGCUCAGGUCCCCGAUGACGAACAGUUUGUCCCAGAUUUCCAGUCUGACAACUUGGUCCUGCACGCCCCACCUCCGGCAAAGAUCAAGCGGGAGCUGCCCAGCCCGUCCUCGGAGCUGUCAUCCUGCAGCCACGAGCAGGCUCUGUGUGCCGGCUAUGGGGACAAGUGCCUCUACAACUGCUGGUAGGUAACCCGGGCACCGCGCUGCCUGCAGAGCCCUCGGGGACUCUGUGCCGCGCCGCGCUGUCCCUCGGCGUCACCAUAACCCCCCGGCCCGUCUCCCUCGGCAGUGCCUACGACAGGAAACCGCCCCGCCGUGCCCGCGGCCCAUGGCGCUGCCCCGGCGCUGCAGGAGCAGCGGCAGCAGCCGCCCUUCGCCGUGCCGCGGCCGCCGCACCCGCCCAUCCACAUGCCAAAGAUGAUGUCUGAGAACCAGUUCCCCGCAGAGCACAGGUUCCAGAGGCAGCUGUCGGAGCCCUGCCACCCCUUCCCGCCGCAGGCCGGGGUCCCGGGGGACAGCCGCCCCAUCUACCACCGGCAGCUCUCGGAGCCCCUGGGCCCCGCUGCCCCCCGCCCCCCUCAGGGAUUCAAGCAGGAGUACCACGACCCUCUCUACGAGCACGGCGGCCCUGGCCUGCCCGGUCCCCCCGGGCACAGCUUCCAGCCCCCCAUGGGCAUCAAGCAGGAGCCCCGGGACUACUGCAUUGACUCAGAAGUGCCUAACUGCCAGUCCUCGUACCUACGGGGGAAUGUCUUCCCCAACAGCCAUGACGGAUUUUCAUAUGAAAAGGACACACGAUUGUAUUUUGAUGACACAUGCGUGGUACCCGAGAGGCUGGAGGGUAAAGUGAAGCAGGAGCCCACCCUGUACCGUGAGGGCCCUCCCUACCAGCGGCGUGGCUCCCUGCAGCUCUGGCAGUUCCUGGUCACCCUCCUGGAUGACCCUGCCAACGCCCACUUCAUCGCCUGGACCGGCCGGGGCAUGGAGUUCAAGCUGAUCGAGCCUGAGGAGGUAGCACGGCGCUGGGGCAUCCAGAAGAACCGACCAGCCAUGAACUACGACAAGCUCAGCCGCUCCCUGCGCUACUACUACGAGAAGGGCAUCAUGCAGAAGGUUGCCGGCGAGCGGUACGUCUAUAAAUUCGUCUGUGACCCCGACGCCCUCUUUUCCAUGGCCUAUCCCGACAACCAGCGCCCUUUCCUGAAGACAGAGCCGGACUGCCCAGUGCCAGAGGAGGAGACGGUGCCCCUGACACACUUUGAGGACAGCCCUGCGUUCCUCCUGGAGAUGGAUCCCUGCGGCAGCCUUCCCUACGCGGAGGGCUUCGCCUACUGACUCGGCCGGCUGGCAGAGCCAUUGGCACUAGCGCAUGCACCUGGGGCAAACACGGUUUUCUAAAGAAUAUUUUUGGCUGUCCAUAAGAGAGGGGGAAAAAAAAAAACCAAACCCCAACGACAAAACAGCAUGGGUGCACACACAAAUUCGAGGAAUUUAAAACGCCCCACGUGUGUUGCCGCCGAAUUCCCACCCUUCCUUUCCAAGGGCUAGUGCACAGGACUGCCCGUGGCUGGCACCUCCUGCCAUGCGUCGGUGUGAUGUCUUGGGGCGCCGGGAGCCUAAAGCUGCAGUCUCUCCCCCAGGCCCUGGCUCUGGCAGCGCCCCGGGGCUGGGCUGCGUGGCUGCCGAGCCAAUUGUCACGACAAUCUGCUUUGCAUCGAGCACAAUCCGCGUAGCUGCCUUGUGUGGUGGAAAGGGCUUUGAUUUGCACAGAGAGGAGGGAUGCGGGGGGCCGCCCGGGCCAGCGCCCCGGGGCUGAUGUGCGCAGCAUCCUACCCCAACCCCGAGGAGCCUUCUGCCUUCUUCCUGAGCCCCCUCCCCAUAUAACCUGUUGUUCCCAUAGAACCUCCUGCAUCCUCUCCGUGCCCAUGAUCCUCCCCAGCUCUGGCUAUGGGCCAUGGGUUGCAUUUGUGGGGAGGAAACCCUGACACUAACUUCCUCUUUGGUUUUUUUUUUUUUUUUUUUGGGAUGUUUUAGGAAAAUACUAAAGGUUUCUAAACUGAUUUUUGUAGAUUUUUUGUAUUUUAAGGCAAAGCUAUUUUUUGCAGCUCGGCUGCUGUCCCUGGGGACACCCCUGUGGCUUUCCUGGUGGCAGGGGGAGCCCUCGAUGCCCGUGGCUUCCUGGGACGGCUGCCGAAGGAUCUGGUCCACUCCAUUUCACUGCUCCAGUCCUCUUUCCCAGGGGAGCCAGGACUGAAUCCCAAUACUGGCUCAGCUGUGCUCCCCCUGCUCGGCAUGGCCUCGGAGCUGGGCUGUAAGGCUGAGGUGGGCAGGGAUGGGGGGUCCCCCACCCCCCUUCCUCAAUACCCCACUUCCCUCCAGCUCCCCCCACCCCUCGCUGCACCUCUUAACACUCCUCCACCACUCAUAUAUCCAUACCUGCCUCCCCUGCACCAGGCUACAUGUUUUGUUGUAAAUGCUGUAUAGGAUUUUUUUUCUCUUCUUUAGUUAGCUUCGGUUGGAAUUUUUGUUUGGUUUUUUGGUUUCUUUUUGUUGUUUUUUUUUUUUUGUCUGUUUUUUUUUUUUUUUUUGGGAAGUAUGAAGAUUAACUCUACAAUGACUUGGUUGCUCUCCCCAUGGUGGCUGCAGUGGCCUAUACCCAUGGGGAGCAUUUGGUUUUGGGAACCCCACCUUGGGGACAGGUUUUUAACCAUUUGCUUGGUCUGGCAGGUCUGCAGUGCAGAAGGAGUUAAUCUGAGGACUGAUUUGAAAUAUCUUUAUUCAAGCAGGGCUAUGUAUCUCCUGCAAAGCUGCAUUACAUUCUGUACUGUGUACAAUAAAGGAUCUUGCUUCC